AUGCUGUGCUCGCCCAUAAUCCUUCCGGUUCUCUCUUUCCUGGCCUCACACGUGGCCGCGACGUCCUCUUCUGAACAGGCCGCAACCGACAUUCUGUACUGGCCCGUGGCGUCUUCUCAACCCUCGACCCUCGCUCGCGUAUCAUACGACCCGACGUCUUUGGAAUCAAACGUCUUGUCGUAUUUUCCUCCCGCCGCAAGCCGCAAGACUACAGACGCGGAAGACCACAUCGAUAAGCUCGUCCGCAUUGGCCUAUACACAUCGACUCCAGCUAAUCCCAAACAAUGGGUUGGCACCGUCACUUCGUUUUCGUCUCUUACAGGUGUUGGUGAUGGCAAACCAACAAUUCAGCUUCAUCUGGGCCCUUCGGAUGAGGUCUACCGUGUUUCCCUAAGACUAUCGUCGUCUUCAUCUUCGAGUGAUGCCACAGAACAAAUCAAGCCGGGCGUUGAGCUGGUACGUACCGAAUCAGGGCCACGCCCACGCCUCAACCGGCCUGUCGUGGUCAGUCCAGAUGGGCAGGGUCCGCAGGAGGUUGUCGAGAAGACAUUCUUCCAAAAAUAUUGGUGGGUUUUCCUCAUAGUAACGUUUCUGGCAAUGUCUGGUGGUGGAGAGGGUCAACAAUAA